GAUAGCGCCUUGAUUUUGUGGUACUCAACGCCCUCGCUGCGAGCCAGUCGGCCUGCUUCUCCAGUUGGGCCCUGUGCAUAUACCGCCGCCUUCAGAAGGGACCAGUUUAUCACUGUCGGCUCUUCGGUACCGUAUAUCCUGCGCGCGACUGGUUGGCAAACACAAGUAAAUAAACAGGUCGUAAGCGAGCAGUUUGAGGAUCCUAUAAUUUGA